AUUCAUUCACCCAUGUCUGUGGCCUGCCUGUGCCUCUCUUCUUUCCUCCCCUCUGCUCUUACGGAUACUCCUCCUGCCUCUCCCAGCUCACCCGUCAGCUUCUUCCCCAGACUAUAUUCGUAUCCGGUUCUGAACCCUGACCUGAUCCCGCCUUCGCCUUGUUCUUAACCGACCCGGUUCGAGUAACCGCCGUCUGCAAGUGUCCGCUGUCGCGCCCGAUUCACCACUGCGGAUACAAUUGCAGUCUGCGGCUUACUGGAGUCUGGCUUCCCUGUUUGGCUGAAUCACACCCCAAAUCCAGAAUCACACCAGCGCCCUGCCGGUCCGCUCAUCCUUGCCGUCGGUUCUGCGCCGAUUUGGGGACAAUCUUGAAUAUCAAAGACAAAACCCCUGCAAGACGGCCAUUAUCUUGCACUUGCCUCCCGCCACUACGGACCCUUCUCGCCCCUACCUUGCCGCUCUUCUCCUGAGGCUUUUCUACGCGCGCCGUCAAAACACAAUCGAUAAUCCAACAACAACAAUUUCUCCAGCAAUCUUCACGACAACUCGGCUCCAUUACUCCGUACCCUUUGUGCCGUUGCCCCAGCAGGAUAUUGCUUCGACCUCACGCAGAAACGUACUAGUCGCUCAACAUCCUAGUCGAAGCACCCCAAACACCUCCAUCUCGUCUCGGACAGGACCCUGAGCUCUCCACCAUUCAUCAAGGCACUUUCUGCUGCUUCGGGAAGCCCACUUACGAUCUUCCGUGUCCUCCGAGCCAACUCCAAACUUCGACCCAGCCAAGGCAUGCGACACAACUGAAUACCUACAUGUCUUUUGCCAUUGCUCCUCAGCACUUGGUUCGAUUUCCUCUAGACAUCGCCGCUCCCACUACGACAUAACCCGCAUUCGCCGUCUUCGUGUGCACACCCAUCAGCAUCCUUCGGGCAUACCAGCCCAGGAGUUCCCGAAUCGCCCGGUCGCUCCUUUGCGCCAACCGCCCACGAUGGCCCGAUUCGGAGGCUCGACCUCGCUUGCCGCGACCCUGAUCGUUCUGUUCAGUUUCUUUGCUACGGUCCUGGCAGCCACGGAAACUGUCUACAUCACCGGCUCAGACAAAGAUGGCAACAGCAAGCAGCUCGCGGUCAAUCGCAACCCUGGCCUGUUUACUGGCGAUUUUGGCGACUGUCUGGGAGGACAAAGUUUGUUCAACAUUACAAAAUUCGAUGCCGCCUACUAUGCCGACAACAUGACCGUCCAGUUCCAUUUGGACGGUACCACCAAUAUCAGAAACGAAUCAUUAAUGAUGCAUAUCAACGUCGAAGCUUAUGGCGAGACGAGAUUCGAGAUGAACUUUAACCCCUGCAUGGCCAACAUCGCUAGUCUGUGCCCUCUGAACGCCAGCAAGCCCAUCACUGCAUUUGCAGAGUUCAGACUCACGCCUGCUCAGAUCGACGGCAUUCCUUCCAUCGCCCUCGAUAUUCCCGAUUUCGAAGGCUCUGCGCGCAUCCAGAUCUUUGCAAACUCAAGUCAGACGCAGAUAGGAUGUUUCCAAGCCGUCAUGCGGAACGGCAACAGCUUCUCCCACCCAGCCGCGAUCUCGUCAAUACUGGGGGUGUUCACGCUCGCCGCUAUCUUGGCUUCUACAGCAACCGCCAUGUAUGGUGUUAGCAUGCCUCAUAUUAGGACACACUACGCCCAUUCUCUGUCAGUCCUGGUCAUCUUCGAGACUUAUCAGACCGUGUUCUUCUCAGGUGCCUUGUCCGUCGACUGGCCUAGCGUCCUACCCGCCUGGUGGAGCAACUUUGGAUGGGCCGCCGGCAUGAUAUACAGCAAAAAAGUAAUCAACUCGAUCGACGGUUUCGCCGGCGUGACUGGCAAUGCCAGCCAAGUAGGCGGUGCAGGAUCGACCGUUAUCAACACCGGAGGUGGCCUCGUCCAGCAAAUUUAUGGCCGCUCGCUCGACACUUUCUCGACGUCUAGCGAUGGAGCGUCCGGUCCGAAUCUCGUGCAGCGAGCGACUAGGGUUUACAACACAAGCAAUCCAUACGAAUACUACUGGGCGGGAGACCCCGUCGCUCCGGGCAUGCCUACACCAGGCAAGUGGAUUGGGUUCGCCGGAGACCUUUCUGCCCUUGACAUCCCGGCCGCCGAUGCUUUCACACUUGGUCUUAUCUGGUGGUUGGUGGCCAUUGGACUGGUCGCCGUCUCCAUCGCUGCGUUCAAGUUCAUGCUCGACUUGCUUGCUCGGACAAAGCUGAUUAAGCAGGAUCGCUUCUUGUACUUCCGCAACCACCUGGGUGGAUAUCUGGCAGUUGGCGUCCUGCGCACGCUGCUCGUUUCGUUCUCCUCCUUGAUGACCCUAGCGCUAUUCCAGUUCAACAUUCGCGCGCCGGCCGGCCCGACGGCUAUUGCGGCGAUCAUCUUCAUCAUCUUGCUGAUUGGCGUUGGCGGCCUUGUAGCUUACGCAUGUUUCUUCCGUCUCCGCCUCGGCAAGUAUGAAAUGGGCCCCGAUACGAUCAUGUUCGAACAGGGCAAGCUCUUUGGUUCAAUACCAGCGGUUGCAACAACGCGUGCCAGCGAAAUUGGCGAAAAGGAAACCACCGCAAAACGUUACGGAUCUAUGCCGUUCUUCAAGAUCCGAUUCAUUGACAACGAUCCAAACCGGACAACGGUCCACCAAGACGAGGUUUACAUCAAACGUUUUGGUUGGCUAUCGGCUCGUUACCGCCGGACCAGAUGGUGGUUCUUCGCCUGCUGGCUAAGCUACCAAUUCAUUCGGGCCUGCUUCAUUGGUGGCGGAGCACGAAGCCCCCUUGCCCAAGUUUAUGGACUAUUCGUCUUCGAGAUCAUCGCUUUCAUUGUCUUUGUCAAGCUUAACCCCUUCGAGGGCCAAAGAAAUACUUCCUUGGCAAUCUGGAUGCUGGGCAUCACAAAGAUUGUCACUGCAGGAUUUUCCAUUGCCUUCUUACCCGCAUUCGCCAUUGGUCGCAUCCUCUCUACAGUUUUCGGCAUUAUCAUCAUUGUCGUCCAAGGAUUUCUUGUUGUUGCCGUCUUGAUUCUUAUCGUCUUAGGUGUCAUAUCAUCAUGGAUGUCGCUUUACCGAAAUCGCGAACAGUUCCCCGAAGUGCUGGAUGGAAUUCGCAUCAAGUACUACGAGCAUAUCCAGGCUAGAGCCACUGACCUGCCGCCACCACCGAAACCAGAUCCGAAGACUGAAGAGCCUCGGGAGCCACCGCAGCCAUAUUUCUCGGUCAACAACGUUCGCCGGACUCGCAAGAUUGAGGACGAUGACGAAGAAGACCAGGUUGGAGAUAUCAUUCGGCCAGCCAAUGCUUCAGUGGUACAAUUUGCGCCAGGUACUACCACCACACGACGAACCCGGACGGAUAGCGUCAGCUCGCGGUACUCUGUUGGUAGCUUGCCGCGCCGCGCCAGACCACACCGCACUUCAUGGAGUUCAGCUGAUUUUGCUGAAUGGGAUGCCAACAAUAAUGCGGAUCGGCCAGGGUCAUCGCUCGCACACCGCAGCAGCUUCGGCCAUCAGCGCAAAGUGUCGCACUCUGGAUCGCAACCUGACCUCGGACGCUCCGCCAACAACUCGCCGGCGCCUGCAAGAUCCGUGUCGAUGACGAACAACGAGCUACGCCGGCUCAUGACUCCCACCGAGGAACUUCCAGAGGAGAGUGUAAUGACACCCGGGAGCAUGGCCGAGCCCGAGACCAGCACCAAACACACUGAUACCGCCAUUUCCCCCAUCCACGAAAAGGACGAGCACGAAGCCAGGGAGGAGAAUGUUUCUCCUGUUGAGGAUAAACCCCAAAAGUCCUGAGCUACCAUAACGAAUAUCAGAACGAAAAUGGUUUCACAACCAUACUGCAUCAGACCUUGACACCACAAGCGCCUCCAUUUCGAAGAUGUGUCGACAUUGGUUUCCUUGUCGUGGAAUUGCACUGCAUAGACGGUCAACAUAUUUGACCUUUACGAACUUUCAUGAGAAACGAUUACUGGGCGUUAGCGGAAAUGCUCAUCUGAAGAAGAAGAAGAAGAAGAAGAAGAAGAAGAAACCCCAUAUCUUUGUAAUGGCACUAAUGUGUGGAGGACAGGCCGGCCAUUUCGGCCGUUGCUCACAUCUUGGAACGUGCACAUAUUUGUGUGGCCUCUGGAUCAGCCGCAGUACAUGGAUACACACUUAUAAAAGCACGAAAGUGGCUGGCUCUCAGCAUAGAAAUUGAGUUGACAGGUAGACCUAGAAAACAGCAUAAAGUCUUCCCUAA